AACAUGGUUUGCUCGGCCAACGUGCGUUUUGUGGACGUUUAGCAAAAUUCUCAUAUGUUUUGCGAUUCAAUCUACAUCAAUCCUUGCCGUUCAAAUAAGUAUUUUGGAAAGAAUUUCAUUAUUUUGGAAAAGAAGGCUUGUAAAUUACCUGUAGCUGGUGAUAUUUUGAAAUCUGUGUGUGAAAAAAGCAGUUUAUUUAUUGCAUAAAGUUUAGCAUUUUUGGAAGGUUGAAGUUUGUAGAAUGGACAAUCCACCGAAUCAGACGAUAUAUAUCAACAAUCUGAAUGAAAAAAUUAAAAAAGAUGGUAAGUUUGGUCUAGGUUAUGCAUUUAUAUAAAAGGAUAUACCUCACUAACAUAUUGUUUAUUUGACAGAAAAGAUAUAAUAUUUUGAUUUAAUUUGACACUGACAGUAGGCAGGGUAUAUUUUGAGGGCUCAGGGCUGCUCAUAGUAUGAGCAGGGUUGGUCUGGCAAACUGGACUAGCUUUGCAAAUCAAGCUGGUUACCAAGUGCCGAGAUCCCAUCUUGUUUGUAUGGGAACUAGGCUACAAAAGAGAAUUCUCCAGGUACAUUAGGAGAAUUCCAGACAGGUGCAGAAAUGUCUCGAAACGUUGAACCAUUGCAAUCAAAUCCAGUGUUCUAUUGCGGGCAAUAUUGAUCGGCUGAUUGCUCUAGCAAAUUGCAACCGAUGCAAAACAAAUUUCAAUUUUCAUGUAUAGUAUUAAACAGUACUAAAUUGUCAACUGCAAAAUGUAAAAGUUCAUAAUAUGAUGUGGAAGCAAGUUUGCAAAUAAAGCCUGAUUGGGUUGUUCCAGAAAAGAUCCAUACUCCUCCCACGGAGGAAAUUUCUGCCGUCCGGAGGGGGAGGGGAGAAAAAAUUGUUUCUGAUAAUAGUAAAUGCAUUAGGACAUCUGAAGGGGGUAGUGGGGUUAACUUCCUAUUUCCUCCGUGGUGGUGGUAUGGAUGUUUUCUGGAAUGACCCAUUGGGGAGGGAGGAAAAAUGUCUUAGGAUGUCCGAAGGGGGGGAGAGGGAAUGUGUUAGGAUGUCCGAAGGGGGGGGAGAGGAAUGUGGAUAUGUUUGUCUGAAGGUUUGAGACUGUGAUAAAGCUAUGUGAUCGGCGAUUAUAAUGAGCACGCAAUUUUUAUCGGCUAUAUAUGUAGCUCUUGAACACCGGAACGUUUAUGUAACAGCAAUAAUUAUAUGUCCACGUAACUCGUAAGCAAAAUAAGCGGCUCACUUUUGCAUGCAUGGCCACCAAAAACUAACUUGCUGUAACAGCGCUACGUAUCCUGCAUGUUGAGAAUGAGUCGAAAAUUGACACGUGUUAUUUAUAUAAAAGUAAAGUUUGCAGUUUUCGUUCGUAUAUAUAAGUUUGAAUUAUUCAAGUGUUAAAAAUAAUAGUUAUUAAACUGUUGCUCGAAUUAAGAGACUGCUAUGUGAACUGAACUCAAAACAAUUUGUUUUAGUAUAUAGUCAAUAAAGCUUCCUUGCGAGGUGCGUGUCUAGAAAAUAGAAAUGGCUUUCAUAUUAAGGGCGAGGUUAAGGAAUGCAGUAAUACUAAAAAAUGCAUUAACAUGUAAGUAAACAUAGCAACGCUUGUCAAUCAGUCGCAAGUUACAUCGAAUUUCAGUCUGAGUUUUACUUGAACAAAUUUCGAAGUGAAUUUCUGCAAAUUAUGCGACAUAACCUGCCACGUGUUGUGUGUUCGCAAGUCACAAGAAGCCGCCAAGUGUUCCGCCACGUGUUCCGCCACGCCAGAGCUAUUUGAAAACACCGUAGAAAAGUCGCAAUAAGCCAUCGCUAAUUCACUCUACGCUGGAGCGAAAUCGUUUGAAAACUUUCACGUCACUUUUGCCAUAACAACGGAGCGAGGUGAAAACGGCGGAGCGUUUGAUAGCUCUGUGUGAAACGUGUAAACUCGAAUGCUUUUCAGUUAAAUUUCUUGGGUCUAUUUGAAAUAUUUUGCGUUUACACGAGUGCUAAUUCAAUUUGUAAACAAACUGUAAUGGCGGUAGUGUGAACACACAUAAAUUCUGCCCGCAUUACUGCGCUUGCGCGAAGUGUGAAUGUAGUCUAAUUUUCGGUGACGUUUUCAAACGGCGAGGUAGCCUUUAGAAAAAUUUAGAGAUAGUGGAUGUCCGAAGGGGAGGGGGGUAAUUUUGGGCUUUGAUGUCUGGAGAGGGGGAGGAUGAACCAUUCAAGGAUGUCUGAAGGGGGGGAGGGGUUUAUUUUUGAUUUCCUCCGUAGGGGGGGGGGUAUGGAUCUUUUCUGGAAUGACCCCUUGGCUACUAGGACAAAACAAGCCAAUCAAACGCUAGGCAUCUGACAUUUGGGUGUGACCUCUCAACAAAUUAUGCCCAAUAAUUGCAAAUGUACAUAAAAAUUGCAAUUUGUUUAUGUUGGUUGCAACUUAAUGAGUUAAGCCUAGCAGAUGAUCUUGACAAGUGUAGCCGUGUCAAUGUCUAUAGUAAAUUAGUCAUCAGUUUUAUAGUUGAAAAGUCUUCAACUAUUAUUCAAUCGAGUGAGAUGCCAACAAAAUAUUGAUAUUUACCAAUGUCUAUAGUAAUAACAGCUUAUUGACCGAGCGUGAGGUCUGUACUGUGAAAUAUUAGACCAAGGUUUUUUAGUAUGGACUGAGCGACGAAGGAAUGAGGUCCAUGCAAAAAACAGAGGCUGAUAAUUCACAGUACAGACCGAACAAGCGAGGUCAAUAAUCGGUAUAUUAUAUGGCUGAACUGAGUCUGUGAGCAUAUGCUUUUUGCGCACAUUAAAUUGGCUAUCGUCAGUUUCACUGGGUAACAAAUAACAAUAUACGGUAGACAUGCAUGCUCAAUCAAAAACAUUUUGGUUCGUUCGAAAUUUUUAGCUGUAAAUUUUAAUGAUGCACAAUUGGAAAAUUAAUUAAAAAGCAAAAAAAUUUUCUGUUUGCAAAGCAAAAAUUUCCCGUUAGAUAAACGACAUCCGGGACACCGGUCCAGAUACGGAAAAUACGGACCACAUUCCGGAUAUGGGUUUUUACGGACCGCUUGUCAACCAAUCAGAAUAGAGAAUUUUGAAAAGCCAUAUAAUAAUCCCUAUCAUUCGAUGCUUGAUGUAUAACUUGUUGUUAUUGAUGAAAAUAUUGCUUGUCUUUUGUUUCUAGAACUGAAGAAAUCUUUGUACGCAAUAUUUUCCCAGUUUGGCAACAUCUUGGAUAUUGUUGCAAUGAAGACGUUAAAAAUGCGAGGUCAGGCAUUUGUUGCGUUUGCAGACAUUGCCAGCGCGACAAAUGCCCUUCGAUCCAUGCAAGGAUUUCCUUUUUAUGAUAAACCAAUGGUAUGUGAUCUUACUGAUAUGAUUAGAACAACAUGUACAUGUCUCUCAUAUAUUGAGCAUUUCACUAUUGUAAAAAAAUGGCGAAAUUAAAGUCGCUUGAGUAAAAACAGGGUGGAAGAUUAAUUAAAACAUUCGGCAAUUUGAUGAAAUUGGGAAUUUCAGUUAGCCUGUAACAUCCAGAGAGUUGGUUAAGUAAUACUGUGUUUCUUAAGUGAUUUUUUUGGCCUAGGGCUCCAGCUGAGCUUCUUUAUUUUAUUUAUCACUCAAUUUAUCGCUUAUUGAAUUGUGUAUGAACAAUAUUUAACAUUCAUUACUUCACUAGAGGAUACAGUAUGCAAAAAGUAAGUCAGAUGCAAUCGCCAAACUUCAAGGAACGUAUGUACCAAGAGAGAAACGACCGAGGGAAAAGAAACCAGAAGAAGCCAGUAUGUACAAUCUAUUAUGUUAUACCUUUGAAGCCUCGAAAUAGUUGUUUUAAAAUACAAUCAGGAAAUAAAGAACUUUUACUGUUCCCAAUUGUCUACCAGUAAUGCAAUUAUUAACCCUAGGCCAAGCGGCUGUUCAUGUCACAGGAAAUGUUUUUUCAAAAUUAUUACAGUCGAUUUCAACUUACUUUUCACUCAAAUGUUCCGAACUUUGUUCCGAACUUUGCAAAUUUGUUGCCAAGUUCAAAAGUUCAUCAUGAAAUUCACAAACGGGUUUGUAAACUGGGCAUUUGAUUGACUGGUUUGGAAACGUAAGUUGAAAUCGACUGUAACGGUUUUGAGGAUGGGAAAUACUAUUCUCAUUUGUAAAACACAUCAAUGGAUAUAAGGCAAAUAAUUACUAUUCAUUUUUUUUUCUUUUAAAAAUCACAAAUGAGUUUAUAUAAUCAUGAAUGAUAUUAACAAUAACAUCAUGAUAGUUAUAUAGUUUUACUGUGAAUGAUAAAGGAUGUGCUUCUAGGCAGUUGCAAUAUUGAAAAAAAUCGAUAUAUCGAUAUCGAAAAAAAAAUGACUAUAUCGAAUUAUGCAAAUGAGAAAACGUAAUUUAGUCAACUUGCAUGUAUACGCAUCACAAACAGUUAAAAAGAAGUGUGACUGUGUUAUUUUGGUACCUUGUUUUUAAACCUGCGUUGAUAUGCACAUCAUUAACAUUCAAAUUAUUGCGAAUUCCAUGUUUAUGAGUCAUCACAAAACUAUUGUUUUCAAGCGUUCAAUGCCGCUGCUUGGUGAUCUUCUGUGGUCACAGUUUCUCUGUUUUCGCUUUUAAUUUCAAUUGCCCACACACUUGUAUCAUAAAUUUGCAAUUGCCGCCAUAUGCACGUUGUCUAAACUUCACCGGUGAAAACAAUUGCCGAAUAAUCGAAGAUUAAGUUGUUUAGUUACAACUGUCGAUAUUUUCGAAAUGCGAAAAAUGGAAUAUUGAACAUCGAUAUUUUUGAAAUAUCGAUAUUUAUCGAAAAUAUAGAUAUAUCGCAACUGCCUGUGUGCUUCAGUGCUUGUUUCAUAUUACAUUGUGGUGAUUAUAAUUUUUACCAUGAAAGAUAAGAAUGGGUUUUAUUUAUAUUACAUAAUGUUAUUGCUGUGAAUAUUGCCAAAAAAUAUUUAAACGAAACCCAUUAGUAGCCUGUUUUUUAAGCCCUGAUUUUUGGCUUUUCGUUCAGACUAAGUUUGCAUGCAUUGCAAUCUCAAUUUUUGUUUUCCAUGCUUUUUAUAGAAAAACCUCCAGUCAAGAAAGUUGCUGCGCCAAAGCAACAACCCACCCGAGCGGCACCUCCAAUGGCUAUGGCACCAAGUAAGAA